AUGUUUGUUGCUUACUCGGAACACGGGUUCUUCGAGGAGUCAAUGAAAUUGUUUUCCAAAAUGCGCCGUAAGGAUGUUUUUCCAAGCAAAUCUACCUUUUGUGUUCUACUGAGUGUUAAUGUUGAAUUAUUUUCGACGACAUACAGAGGUCUGCUACAUUCACUUGCAGAGAAGACUGGAUUAAUCAAGUAUAAGAAUGUUGAGGAUACCUUGAUUUACAUGUAUUUGAGGACUAGAUACAUUACAGCUGUUGAAGAGGUGUUUUUUUCUAUGACUUAUUGUGAUAUUGUAACCUGGAAUAUGAUGAUAUGUGGAUACUGCCUUCAUGGUUUUGGGUACGAGUCGUUGGAUUUGUUUCAUGAAAUGUUGGAAUUGGGGAAGAUCCUAAUAGUGUGA